AUGUUACUUUUUGCAGCCGAAAGGUGUGAUGUGAACUACAAGAAAGCAGGAUUUCCAAGAUUCAAGAAAAGUUUAUCGUAAUUGAAACCAUUCAUUUCUUUUAAACUGUCAGAUUUCUCAUAGGAGACGAUUGUGUUCAAGAGAUUUAGCGUUACGGGAUUUUGAGCUCCAAGGUCUCCGAUUGUGACGUGGAGUUAAGUCCUUAUUAUCAUGGCAAACGUCAGAAAGACGCUUCAUAAAAAAGGGGUUGGUCUUAAACAAAAUUUCGACUUUUUUCGUGUUCUUGAUUAAAAUACCACUGUUAUGUUGUCCUUUAAUUGUGUAUUUUGCAUGCCAUUUCAUAACAAAGAGCUAAUUUUUUCCUUAUAACUGCCUGGUUUGAAAUUGACUUUCAGUGAAAUACCCGGCUUAAAAAUGUAUAUUAAUCAAUCGAUUAAUCAAUCUAUUAUUUCUUUCAAUUUUUUCCUGAUUCUGCUAUAUAUAGUUUAUUGUGUUACGACUUUUCUGCAAACACGACUUUGGAGGAGUAUUUAAAAAGUAACAGGAUUAUUUUUAAUCUGGACUCCCUUAUCGUUGUGGCCAUGGACUUGACUUCCGCAAUACAGCACUUAGAACAGAAAGGCGUCGUCCAUAACAACAUAACAACCUCCAGUGUAUUGAUUGGUAGAGGAUUAAGGGUAAGUAAAAAGCAUUAGGGUAGCCGCAUGCGUGUCGUGUCUCGCUUUAUCGACUUCUGUAUACGUCACAGAUUUUGGUGCCUGCUCGUUAGGUUUUGUUAGUAACCGACUCCAGAACCCGGGAUGGCGUAAGUUUGUACUUCGCGGUUUUUUUGCAGCCAGGUUUUCUGUGUGCCAACCAUCGUAAAUUUGUUAUCCAGUUAGACAGAUGCCAUUAGAGACUCCCUCAGAGAUCUAGAAAUCAGUAAAGAACAUGGAAUUUAAAAUGUCCAACCUGUUCGACCCCUUGUGGUACGUUUGAGACUUCGGACCCUCGCUGGCACAAUUAGGAUACCUACCAUCAACUUCUGAAGUUUCUUAUUUUAUUUUAUUUUUUAUUUACCGUUAAGCUUUUAGCAUCUUUAUGUUGAUUUUACAACUUUCCCAACAGACCAAUGCAAAAAUGGCUGCUGGAUUAAUGUUCUUUUGUUAAAAUCAAAAUUAGCCUGAUUAAUUCUGACUAGCCUCGUUCUUCUGUAUACAAAAUUCAAGAGAAACCAUUAUCUCAAGCGAGGCUAGCGGCCAUUUUUGCAUUGGGUUCAUAUGACAGACCAGCCUAGUUCCUUGACAUUCUUGGCUCUGUCAAUCCUGGACUCUACGGUGAGCUGUGAUGUCACCAAGAGAGACUCGCUGAGAAAGUGUUUUCUGCCCGCUUUUUCCCAGACUUUGCGCGGAUAACGGGGCGAGAGAACGCCAAGGGACGAGGCUGAUGACAGACAAUAAAUUAUAACAGAAAGACAUACGUAGGCUAUGACACAGUCAAGUCACGUGACGAAACGUCCCCUAGGUCCAGGAGAUCGAUAAAUAGUAAAAAAAAAAUAUUUACAUCUUUAUAUCUUCUUUCUUUCUAUCAGGUUCCCCCAAUAAAUGCUGUUUUGGGAAGUUUUGGCUUCGCUCAGCGGGUCUCUCAGGAUUUUCCUGAAUGUAGUUUUAAUGGACACUCAGUGAAGGACAUUUCGGGAAAGAAUAUACUUCAGUUCGGUUGCGUUCUAAGUGAAUUGGUGAACAAUUGCCGCGACUCUAGUGAAUUUGAUGAGGUAACUGUUAUGUUACGUAUGCAACAAUAG